AUGGCGGUACCUCGAAGUCGAGUUCUUGACCUUGUGAAGGCACAAUGUCGAAUUUUUGCGUUCACAUUCAAUCCACAAGGACUGCGACUGGGAAACAAAGUACUCCGACAGCGCCUACGAGGUCCUGCUCUUGCCGCCUGGUAUCCUCGUAAAACCGUUUCGUUCCGCGAUUUGCAAGACACGUACAAGCCACUGGAUUUGGAAACGUUUGACGAGGCACAGGACGACAGGGAGGAAGCUAUUCAAAUUGCGAAAUUACGCGGCAAAGGUCGACCCAAGAAGAAGAGAACUGCAGCAGAAUCACGGGCAGGCAAAAAGAAGAAAUGA